AUGGAACCGACGGUAGAGCACACGCUGUCCGUCUUGGGCAUGACCUGCAAAUCAUGCGUCAACAGCAUUCAACUCACCAUCGGAGAGAGAUCAGAUGUCAAAAGCGUCAAGGUCGCCCUGGAUGAGGCGAAAGCUUACGUGUCUGCUCCGGCGUCAGUGUCCCCUGCGGUUCUAGCUGCAGCGAUAGACGACAUGGGCUUCGAAGCCGCUUACCUGCACACGACGACAAGCAUCCGAAUCGAUGGUAUGACAUGCCAAUCGUGCGUGCUAAAUAUCCAGAACACGUUGACACCGGUCGAAGGGAUCAUCGAAAUCGAAAUAUCCCUCGAAGAAGCGAAAGGAACCUUCAAAUUCGAUGCCAAAAGCAUAUCCGUACAACAGAUCGUCGAACAUAUCGACGAUAUGGGAUUCAUUCCGAAAUGGCCGUACGAAGAAGACGUGGACAAGGACUUUGAUCAGAUUGCCAAGCGACACGCUUCAGCUCUGGAUGAGGUCGACGCGAUCCUGAGCGGCUCCGACCCGGACGGCUGGGUCACAAACUCAGAGGAUACCAUCAGAGAAACACUGUGA